AUGAGGGCCCUCUAUCAAAGCUUGAACAGUGAAAACAUGCAUGCUCUCUACUACCGUGCAGAAGAAGAUGAUGAAGGAGAAGUGAUUAAUUGGAUGUAUGUGGCAGUUGAACUCAGAAACCAUCUGUGUGUCAUCAAGUCUCACGUUAUGACUACAGAUUUGACAGAGCUCAAAUCCAGGAUUUUAACAUUAUAUUCUGCAUCGUAA